CCGGGACGUAUUUCAAUGAAGGACCAUUUCCGUUUCCUGUUCAGUUGUCAACACAAGCUCCACGCGCGUACUUUGGAGAGCAAAAUGCCGAAGGCCCAGAAGAGCAAAGCUGCGGACAAAGUCGUCCAUCCGUUCAGCAGGAAAGCUGCUUACCUGAACCGGGAGGAGGUCCGACUGAAGCGGAAAGAGAGGAUGAAGAGUGAAAAAGCAACACGCCUGAGCAACAUAGGUGAGAAGCUGCUGUGGUUUCAGAGUCAACUGGAUCCAAACAAGACGAACUACACCAAGAGAGAUGCCUGUGAGGUUGUUGAAAGGUACCUCCACAGAUUCGACUCGGAGCUCGAGCAGAUCGAGUUGGUGAACGGGAUCAAGGGUCGUCAGGGUCGUCUCCACGGCGCCAGAGAAACGGCCAUCAAACAGAGCGUAGAGCGAGAGCGGGCACAGUUUGAGGGCGCUGGGUUGGAGAUCCCAGACAUCAUCAACACCAAGCAUCUGAAAUCAUUCAGAGAUUGGACUGGAGAUCUGAAGAAACUUCCAAACAUAAAAAUGCGAAAAGUUUCAAGCAAAGUUUUGGACACAAAGGCUGAGAUGGAGGAAAAAGAGGAGGUGCAGUAUGAUGAUGAUGAAGAUGAUGAUGAAGAAGAGGAGGAGGCACUGGAUGACAACAUGGAGAUGCCCGAGUCUCACUAACACUCACCUCAGUCUGACUGGAUUAUGCUGCUCUGCCACGACUGUCCACAAGAUGGUGCUAGACCUUCAGAUUCAGCCACCCAAACCUUUUCCGCUUGAUAAUUCAAUAACAGCAACUUUUUGGAUGUUCUACAUUCAUCAUUUAUUGCACAGACAAAAAAAUGAAAAGGUUUUGUAUGUAACCCACAGCGUCUCCAAUCAGACCUAUGAACGGACUGUGGAUUGAA